AUAAUACAAACACUACGUACUGCAACUAAGAUGGCGGAAAUCAAUCUAAGAUGUCGCAAAACUGCUUUUCUUGAUGAAUGUGUAGACGGGCUAGAGGUGGCGACGGUGCCGUAAUGUGUGCAAAUGUAAACUAAAUAAAACGGAGAUAAACUGUUAACUAUGCGAUUGCGGAAGUACUUGGGGGUGAUUUAGCAACGUCCUUAAAAAAAAAAAAAAAAAAAAAAAAAAAACUCUGACCGAGAAGAGAAUAACCGGUCCGGUACCUGUGGUCCACGAGUGUGAGGCAAACCAGGGAUUGGUGCUGCAGCCAUUCGAUUGCCAUCUCCCUUUUCUACUAGAACACCUUGUCAGCUCUUGCCUCAGUGUCCCAUAUGAUCAAUACAAAACUCCGGGUUACUUUCUGCAUUCGUUAAAACGAAAACGCAUCAAAAUACAGAAAAAUAAGUUCUCGAUGGAAAGGAGACCUAACUGCAGGGAAGGAUUUAAAAACAAAAAUGUAAUACUUUAAAAUAAGAGCUGCGUCCACUUCUGUUGAAGAUUCUCCUUAGUAAGUUUUGUGACAAUUGGACAAGUGGUUCUCUUGAUUACAUGCUAAAAUCUCACAGCAGAUGAAAGUGAAACUGGAUGGUUGUAUGACUUUAAGCACCCAGUAGCACUCGCUUGUAUUAGCUCGUUGGACACAAUCAAAAUGAACAGCAGCAGCAGCAGCUAUUCUCUCCCCACGAUGGUGCCCAACAGCUCGUUGCUGGACAGCAUGUCGGUCUCUCACAGUGCAGGGGGGAGCAGCAGUGGGAGUGACGGGAAGGCUCUGCUGAUCAGUAAGCCCUUCAAGUGCUCUGAGUGCGGCCGCUCCUUCUCCCAGCUGACAGGGCUGGAGCUGCACGAGAUGUCACACGCGGCGGAGCGGCCGUACCCUUGCGAGCUGUGUGGCAAGACCUUUGCCCAGACCUCGGCGCUCACCAAACACCAGCGCGUACACACCGGCGAGAAGCCCUACCGCUGCCCCGUGUGCGGCAAGUGCUUUGCCCUCUCCUCGGGGCUGGUGCUGCACAAGAGGAUCCACACGGGCGAGCGGCCCCACACCUGCCCCGUCUGCAGCAAGACCUUCAUCUCCUCCUCCCACCUGGCCUUGCACCUGCGCUCCCACACUGGCGAGCGCAAGUACAAGUGCAGCGUGUGCGGCAAGCUUUUCCUGCAGUCCUCCCACCUGGUGCGACACCGGGCCAUCCACACAGGGGAGAAGCCCUUCCGGUGCCCGGAGUGCGGGAAGAGCUUCGGCCGGGCUUCCCACCUCAAGACGCAUCGGCGCCUGCACACGGGUGAGAAACCCUUCCGGUGCACACAGUGUGACAAGGCCUUUACGCAGAAGGCGGGCCUCAUCAUGCACCAGCGCCUGCAUACAGGUGAGAGGCCCUUCAAGUGCGACAGGUGUGGCAAGACCUUCCGCUCAUCUGGCCACCUGCUUUCCCACCAAGUCCUAGAGUCCAGCGAGCGCAACUUCAAGUGUGCCCAGUGCGUGAAGGCCUUCAAGUCGGCCUCCUCCCUCAAGCAGCACCUGAAGACCCAUGAGAGCCGUGAGCCGUUCCGCUGUGGGGUGUGCCAACGCUCCUUUGCGCGCUCCUCCUACCUGCAGCUCCACAUGCGCACCCACAGCGGCGAGCGACCCUACCACUGCAUGGUCUGCAACAAGACUUACGCCAAGAUGGCCACCUUCGAGCGCCACUGCAAGAGGCACCAGCAGCAGGACCAGGAAGAGGAGGAGGAGGAGGAGGAGGAGGAGGAGGAGGAUGAUGUGAAGCCCUCACCACCCCAGUCUGUCAAGACCAGGGCCAGAGCCAAGGGGAAAGCCAAGAAGGGCAAGUGAACACAGCUACAUACCCUGACAGUGCAGCAGGGGCGAUAUCCUAAAAACAAAAUCAUUGUAUACCAGAUAGAGAACACCAGACUCAUCUUUAUUAGAGUUGGGGCCACCACAAGAGAGGAAUCGUGGCAGGAAUGGAGUAGUUUCUCAGAUAACGGCCGCUGCUAUAGCACAGCUGCAGUGGUAUCCAGGGGGACAGAACGUGUUCAGGUGCACAUAACCUGUGCAGAGAUUGCAGUGAAACUGAUCUCCCAUUCCUUAGCACUUUGAGUUUGACAUUCCAUACAUGACUAAUCUGAGCUAAAAGGUGAUCUUCUAAAAGAAAUACAAAUACAUAUGUAUGUGAUACACUGCACUCAUCAUUUCAGAAUUUUCCCUAGUUUCCAAAGGUUUCAGCACUAAAGUAACUUAUACAGAUAGACAACCCUAGGAUAACUAACAUGUUUUAGCUUCAUGUACUGCACAAUGAGUUAUAUUUCCUGUACUACAAUAAUGGUCUGCACUUUCAUAGACCUUGCAAUAGGUCUGCGGUGUUGAAAGCUGCACUAGGAAUGACCCCCCCCCCCAGAAUGUCUGUCUCGUUCAAUUCAGUUUUUAUAUGCCCAACAUUGUAGUGUAAUACAAGGGCUAUUGAGAACAUGGAUGUUUUUAAGGUUCAUUUUUAAAUAUAGCUUAGAGCUAGACAAUCUGUUUGCUAAGUAUUUAUCAAAGUUAACUACACACAGCUCCAAUGUCUGUGAAGUGAGAAGGGCUGUUAAGAGACUGAUCUUUCCACAUCUUUGAACCAAUUCCUAUCUUGGAAGUUGGUGGUCAGUCCACACAGUAAUGGAAGAUGCAGUAAAUAAAUGCUGUUGUUAAUCUAUCUAUCCAUGAAAUUA